AUGACUAUUGCUAACAACAUCAAGACAACAAUUCCACAAACUAAAAAUACAAAAGAAUACCUUAAUUUUGUGGAAAAAUGGUUUCGUUCUACAGACAAGUCACUCGCUGGUACUCUAAUGGCACAACUCACGACCAUGAAGUACAAUGGGUCGAAGAGUAUGCAUGAGCACAUUAUAGAGAUGAGUGAUAUUGCAGCAAGGCUAAAGACCAUAGGGAUGGCGGUGGAUGAUUCCUUCUUGGUGCAGUUCAUUCUGAACUCACUACCUCUUGAAUAUGGGCCAUUUCAAAUCAAUUAUAACACUAUUAAGGAUAAGUGGAAUGUUAAUGAAUUGGCCAGUAAGCUAGUUCAGGAGGAAACGAGACUAAAGAAUCAAGGGACUCAUUCUAUCAACAUUAUGGGUCAAGGAGCUGGUAAAGGACUUAAACCAAAGGCCAACAAGUUUAAGAAGAAAAAGAAAGGAUAUUCAAAUGUUACUUAA